CCUUUCCAAGGCCGUGCAAGACUUGCCCAUGCUUCUCGUAAACGUCAUGUGCACAGCCAAAGGAACUUAUCGGCUCGUGGUGCCGCUCUAUUUUUCGCUUUGUAAAAGGGCAGGCCCACUCAUAUCAGCCUGAUCCGCCUGCACCGACUGAAUUUGUAGCCAUAAGCAACUUGCUCUCCGCCUCCUCCGCUCACAGCCUCUACACCUUCUAUCCUCUCAUUCACUACCUGGAAUACAUCGACCUCCAGACGGUCAAGUCACUCUCUCGAAAUCAGUAAGACUGUAGACGUGCAUAAAACAGUCGCAGGUCCUGGAAGUGAUGACGUUUGGCUUACACGCCUAACUCGGACCAUUGCACAACACAAAAAACCCAGACGAUGGAAUAUCGACACUCAUCACCGUGCUCAAGGGACAGGAGCCCGAGACCCAGCACCAACAGACAAAGGAGCAAUUCCGUCCCCUUCGUUGAGGCAUUGGGGUGCUCGACCACAGAAGCAAGAAUGAUGAUGGCCGAAGGCAAGGCUGCAGUUCGUAACCGGAAACGCGGCCGUCAAAUCAGGCUGCUCAAUGAACAGAACGCCACUACUUUCGACCCCCGGAACCAUCUGAAAUAUCUCGAUAGCUCGUACCAGGAUCAUGAAUCAUCAAAACCACAAACAACCAUGGUCAAUCAUUCACGGUAUCCCUCUGACUGCACUGACAAGAGCACAUCCACAAUAGUCGCACCGACUAGGGAUGGCCUGGUGACCACUAACGGCCUUCCAAGCCCAUUGGGAGACUACUCUGCGAAUCUGGCAAACUUCAUAAAGGCCCAGCUCAGAUCAAUUCCGACCUACACAUCAUCCCUUGAUCAGACAUCGCCUCGCUCUUGUCCGGACUUGACUUUUCAGUUGCGCACUCCCCCACAGUCGCCGAACAAAGGGGCACGGAAACCAACAGAAGCCCCAAGAGUCAUCAGCAUCCCGCCUGUCAGACCACCGUUGCAGAGUGCGUUCUCUGCAUGGAGCUCUACAGACGACUCAGAGGAUGACGAGGUGCCCGCACUACCUGAUAUUGACCUAUACACUCAAAACGCCAUCUCCAAGGUCACUAGCAAUGGUAGUACAACUUCAAUCCUGGGUUAUUAUGCCGGAUCGAAUGACUCCUUUCUGUUCUCGUCCACACCCUCCGAGGAGAGUCACACCGCAAGGGGAUUUCAAUUUCCCAAUCCACCACUGUUAAUGUGCUCACCGACUGAGCCUUAUUCUCCACCUCACGAUGACGACGCCGACUACUACCCAUCAUCACACUCGUCGCGGCCGCAGUUGACCUCUUCCUCGGAGCCAUCGAUCUCAUCGUCCACCGCGUCGACAGCGUCCUACUUCGAAUACAAGCGCCCUCGUUCCAACCUGUUUCCGCCUGAUAUGAAGGACAGGAUUGUUGCGGCAGUCACACCACCAAAAGGGAAGAGAAUGACUGCGAUCUCACCUUUUGAAGGCGCCGCACUAUCGAAUGUUCACGAUGUGUUCAUUGAGUCACAACACAGAGUGCACGUCGAUGGCAUGUCAUUUGACAUGCUGCGUGACUUGGUCGUACCAGUCAGCCGAGUCUCUACACCGGUCUGACUCGCACUCCAGUAACGCUCCUUCAACUGCAUUAUAUGGGAUCUUUUCAACUGUGAUUAGCAUUUGCAUCAUGUUCUACAAUAUAUCCAGGUCGACGUCGCGUGGUAUAGCCGGUCUUGCCACUUGCGAUCCUACGAUCUUUUUCUUUGUCUCACUUAGCCGGCGCAACGGCUAAACUACGAACUUGUAAUUACUUCCAGCCUGUGGUACAUCUAGAUUACUGUUGUAGGGCUUCGCUGUCCGUUUCUUCUUUCGUUGCCGUUCAGAUAUCCAUACACAACGAGUGUACGACGCACACGUUUUUCUUCU